AAUAUUUUUAUUUUUUAAAGAUGAGAAGAAAUAGUAGUUCAUACAUCGUUUAAGAUUCCUCUUAUCAACUUUAAAAACCUAAUUCAACUAUAGAUAUGAACUGUAUCAAUAAUCAUUCAUAAAAGCCUCAUUUUGUUUAAGUCAAGAAUUCUAAUAAAAUAGAUCAUUAAAUCAAUAGUAUUCCAAUAGAUUCUUAGGAGAGUGGCAUGAAGAAACCUAUCUUGUAUCUAGAAAAUAUGUUCCUACAAUGACAAAAGGAUUAAAUUUGUAUACUACAUAUUGCAUUCCUUAAAAUCCAAUAGCAACAAUUGUGAUUCUUCACGGAUAUGGAGAUCAUUCUGGAAGAUACUUUCAUGUAUUAUACAUUAUCAUUAUUAGGUAGCAGAUGAAUAUGCAAAAUAUGGAUUUUAAGUAAUUUUGUAUGACUAAAGAGGAUUUGGUAAUUCAGGAGGUAUAAGAAGUCAUGCUGAUAUAAAAUAAAUGCAUUAAGAUCUCGAAUGCAUUUUAUUAACAAUAGAAAGAUCAUAACCAAUUUUUUUGUAGUGCUAAUCUUUAGGAGCUGCAGUUGGAUUAAGCUUUUGUAUUUCAAAUCCAUCCCUUAUUCUAUAAGGAGUUAUAGUAGUUAAUCCCUAUCUGAAAUUUGCUUAAAAAUAUGGAUUCUUAAAAAAGAUGUUGCUUACAUUAAUGAAUAAGAUCAUACCUGUAUCAUAUAUGAAUAUUUUUUUAGGGUCUAAUGGUUAAUUCAUAUAUAGAUUAUGGUCAUUGUAGUAAAAACAAUAAUGUAAUAAAGAGUGUUGCUGAGGAUAGUCUUGUAUAACCAUUUAUGAGUAUUGGAAUGGCUUAUAAUAUAUUAUAGUUAGAUUCUUAUAUUUUACCAAAUGCUCAUUAGUAAUUUAUUAGAAUUAUUUUAGAUUUACUCAACCUUUGUUAAUUUUACAUGGUAAAGAAGAUAAAGUAGCAAGUCAUAUGAAUUCUGUAGAGUUGUAUCGUGAAUCAGGUUCAAAAGAUAAAACUCUAAAACUAUUUGAUAAAGGAUUUCAUGAACUUUAGAAUGAUAUAGAAUUUGAAAGAGUUAAAAAUGUCAUCAUAAAUUGGUGUUAAAAACAAAUUAACAAGGAUAAGAGAAUUAGUAUUAUAUAUAUACAUACAUAAUUUAGGUUAUUUUAGAGCAUUAAAUCAUGGAUUGAUUGCCAAAAAUAAUAGUAGUUCAAAAUUCAUUGUACUUUCAUGGAUUUUUAUUUAUUUCAUGUUAAAAAAGUAAAUUUAAAUGUAAUUCAUUAGUAAAAUGAAAAAUCUUGGAAAAAUUGCUAAAUCUAUUUGUAUUUUAGCAUUAAUGAUAUCAUCUCUUAUUGUUCGUAUAAGAUGGUGA